AUGCAUUAUGACUCUUGGACAUUUGAUGAAUUCGAGCCCCUGGAAGCCAUCGGCUCAGGCUCCUUUGGAUUGAUUCGUAAAGUCAGGAGGAAGACAGAUGGCAAGAUACUCGCCAGGAAGGAGAUUGACUAUCGAAAAAUGGGUGUCAAGGAAAAGGAGCAGCUUGUGGCAGAAGUCAACAUUUUGAAAGAUCUCAAACAUCCAAAUAUUGUUGAAUUUUUGGAGCGGGUUAUUGAUCGAGAAAACAGCUUCAUAUAUAUUCUUAUGGAGUAUUGUGAAGGAGGGGAUCUAGCAGCGGUUAUCAAGCGGCACAAAGAAAGCUCAUUAUAUAUCCCUGAGGAGUUCAUUUGGACCAUUAUGACCCAGCUGACGAUGGCGCUACAUGAGUGCCACUGCGGCAUGACUAAAGGUGACGACAACAAUCCACCUCAGCCACGGGCUCCUAUUCUUCAUCGAGAUCUCAAACCUGAUAAUGUGUUCUUGGAUGCCAAUAGAAAUGUUAAGUUGGGAGACUUUGGAUUGUCACGGUCCCUCACAAACCCACAGAAGGCUUUUGCAGAAACAUAUGUUGGGACACCGUAUUACAUGUCUCCUGAACUUAUAAGCGAGUCAGUAUACGAUGUCAAGUCAGACAUUUGGUCUCUUGGCUGCAUUAUUUUCGAGAUGUGUGCAUUAAAGCCUCCAUUCCUUGCAGACUCACAACACGAACUCUCUCUGAAGAUCAAGAUGGGUAGAAUCCAAGCGUUACCUGCCCAGUACUCAAAUGAGCUAAAUCAUGUAGUUAGGUCUAUGCUGCAGGUGAACCCACGUAAAAGACCGACAACGUCAGAUCUCCUUGCUGCACCCAGAAUAAGGCUCUGCAAAAAGCAGCUCGAAAUUGAUAAAAGGCAAGUUACUCCGAAAGGAUUUUAUAAUAUCUAUAACACUGUCCUAUUUUAA